GCCGCCCGCGGGGCCGCGCCCGCCGCCGUGCCCGCCGCCACCCGCCUGCAGGCCUACGCCUGGUGCCGCGAGUUCCUCGCCGGCUCCUGGAAGCUCAUCGGCCCCGACGAGUUCGGCAUCGGCCCCGUCAGCGGGGGGCUCAGCAACCUGCUGUUCAAGUGCACGCUGCCCGAGCACAUCCUGAGCGUGGGGGACGAGCCGCGGCAGGUGCUGCUGCGCGUCUACGGCGCCAUCCUGCAGGGUGUGGACUCGCUGGUCUUGGAGAGCGUGAUGUUCGCCAUCCUGGCGGAGCGGGCGCUGGGGCCCCGCCUCUAUGGGGUCUUUCCGCAGGGACGCCUGGAGCAGUACAUUCCGAGUCGGCGCCUCCGGACUGAGGACCUGCAGGACCCUGACAUCUCCAAGGAGAUUGCAGUGAAGAUGUCUCGGUUCCAUGGCAUGGUGAUGCCCUUCAACAAAGAGCCCAAGUGGUUGUUUGGGACCAUGGAGGGGUACCUGAAGCAGAUUUCAGAGCUCACCUUCCCUGAGGAAGCCCAACUGAAGAAGUUCAAUUGCCUCAAAGCUUAUAACCUGCAGGAAGAGAUGAAGAGCCUCAGGGAGCUGCUGGAGUCCACGCCCUCACCUGUGGUCUUCUGCCACAAUGACGUCCAGGAAGGGAACAUCCUUCUGCUGGCUGGGCACGAAGCUUCCUCCUCUGACAAGCUCAUGCUCAUCGACUUUGAAUACAGCAGCUACAACUACCGGGGCUUUGACAUCGGCAACCAUUUCUGCGAGUGGGUUUACAACUACACUCAUGAUUCCUGGCCCUUCUACAAGGCUUCUCCAGAGAACUAUCCAAAUCGACAGCAACAGCUGCAUUUCAUUCGACACUACCUCUCAGAGGACUCAGGGCGACGUGGGGACACUACACACGAAGAACAGGCCCGCAUUGAGGAGGAGAUGCUCACUGAGAUCAACCGGUUUGCUUUGGCCUCUCACUUUUUCUGGGGCCUGUGGUCCAUUCUCCAGGCGAAGAUCUCCACCAUCAAGUUUGGGUACCUGGACUACGCUCAGAGCCGCUUCGAGGCCUACUUCCAGCAGAAGGCACGGUGCUUGUGAGCGGCCUGUGCCCGUGCCUCCUCAGUCCUGCCCGCGCCGCGCUUGGACUCUGCAGCCUCUCUCUGGCCUGGCACAGAUGCCAGGUGACAUCUGUGUCCAGCCACGGCCCCACGCACCGGCCAGAGACAGGGUACACGGUUCUGUGGGUGGGCCAUCUCCUUGCUUGCUGUGAGAGGGGCUGCCCCACGCUCUGGGUGCACACGUGCCAGGAGGCUGCCUGGGAUCAAUGCUGCAACGGUUCGGGGGCAAGCAGGGGGCUAGUACUUGCCCCAGCUUGCCCCACUGUAUAUGUAAAAGGGUGAUGAGUAGGUUCAGUUCCCAAGGCUCCGCGACUGUGUUGGGAGAGAGGUAGGUCUGCCCAAGCGUGCACCUCGUCAAUGGAGGAGGCUGUGGAGAGGUUCUGUGGGUGAACACGUUGUGGCUUGUCGCCCAUGGGUUCUGCUUCCUUUGGCACUGCGUUUGCAGAGAGGGCUCCUGGCAGAGGGAGGAAGCUGUGGCCUCAGCACUCCCCUAUUUCCCUGCCGGUCCCGGCAGGCAGCCUACGGCUGACCCAUCAUUGCUCUAUGGCAUGCUCUCUCCACAGUGACGUGUCCCUUGCCCAGAGCUCUCUCUGCUCCUGGCACCAGGUGUGGGUUUGAGCAGAGUGUCCUGAGCUGCUGGCAGGAGCCUUGGUCCCCCCUUUGCUGAUGGGAUCCUUCUGUUCCUCUCCCCCAGCAGCCGGGAGGCUGGUGCAGCCUGGACCAGGAGGGGUGAGUGGGUGGCUGCCCGGCUGCCUCUUGCAUGAUCCUACCUGGACCUGCUGCUGCCUUUGCUGAGGUGGUUUGGAGUGCUGCUCAGAGCGGAAGGGGUGGGGGGGUCUACGGUUGUAUCUCAUUUCACACCCCGCAGCCCCUCUCCAGACCUGCUGGGGCUGAGGCAGGGCUGCCAGCUGCACUGCCAGCCCCUCCUCUGCCUCGCUGCCAGUGCUCCGGGCGGUCUGCACUAGCUGUGUUUUGCUGCACGGUGUCGCUGCUCUCCCGGCUGGGGCUGGGCCCUCUCCUCCCUCUGACAGCAGAAUGUAAACUGUACUCAGACCAAUAAACACUGCAGCAGCUCCA